UAAAACCUGCUGUUUGUUUGGAGGGAGCGAGUCUGUUCCUGCUCGGAAGGCGUGGCUUUUUCAUGGAGUGCGCCGCGAAGGGCAGCGCCGGCGCGGGGCCGUGCGCGCCGGGCCGACCCUCGCGGCGCUGCGGGCUCUGCGGCGCCGUCGCCUACUGCUCACCCUCCCACCAGAUGUUGCAUUGGAACGAUCACAGAGAUGAAUGCGCGAGACUCCAAGAACAGAUGAGGAUGGCGGAUACUUUAAACGAUUUCCCGUUCACCUUCUCUGAGGAAGCUUCGCUCCUGAGAUCUGGAGAACAGAUGACUAGAUGCUCUCUUUUCAUGUCAAAGGGACUUCAUCAACGAGGGCUGUGGACGUCGGAAUGCAGCUGUGGGCCCACCUUGGCUUCUAUCGGUGGCUUAGGUAUAAUGAAUGACUGGAACCUACCGAGUUCGCUGUGCCCAUGUACUGAUCCAAAAAAUCCGAUAUCAACUCCUUUGAGUAGUUGGAAGGAUUACUACAAGUGGAGAAGCCUUCCUUUUCAUUCACCUGUCGCAUUGUUACUCCAUUGGCCUCUUACCAUAUAUCACUGCCUUCAACUUUCUUUUGCUAGAAAUUCAAGUUCAGAAGUUUCAGGAAAAUUGCACAUACAUUACCUAGGCCCUGAGAAAGAGCUUUUGCAACUUGCGGUCUUUGGAGAGCUGCGGGCACUUUUUCCUGGUCUUCAGCUGUACAUUGAGAUUGUUGGGCCAGCAGUUCCACAAUGUAGGGAUGGUGAGACAAUAUGCAUUUCGAACUAUGCCCAUUGUUCUGAGGAAAGCUGCCAUUGUAGAUCAAGUGAAAGAACUAAUGCAGUGAUGCUGAGGCUUCGCAAAGGGUAUUAUCAUGACAGAUAUACAGAUAUUGUGAAGCAGGAUUCAAAUCCACAUCUUAUUGUUGCUCCUAAUGCUGGUGUUGCCGCAUACUCUAGCUGGCUACCAACUAUAGAAUUAAUCAAGGAGAUGGGCGUCCCGGCAAUAUUUACCGACUUUUGUGAAGAAGCUGCAUUUCUAGCUUCCCGUUGCAUAAGCUCUGUAACUGGCCGCCCUCUCAGCCUGCCAAUUCAGAUAAAUCCUUUCCGACAGCCUAUGGCGGUUGAAGACAGCGCUUUGUACCUUCCAUGCUACUCAAACUGCUUUAUUUUCGGUAUGUAGAGAUACAUCAAUGUAUACCUUAGAGGAGGUGAAAUCAUCUUAGGUGAGCUUAAACUUGGUUGCUGUAAAAUUAGAAAGAGUUUUUUUUGGCUCCUAUGCAGCUUUCUGGUUGCUGUAAAAUUAGCAGCUGUUUUUUGGCUCCUA